AUGGCCACCACCAGAACCAAUAGUAGUAGGUCAGGCGCAGCAGCUGGGCGCGUGUCGUCGUCGGCGACCCGCGGCCAGGGGAGGCGUCCUGGUUCUAAGGUGUGGGAGUUCUUCAAAAAAAUUCCUGAUGAGAAGGGCAAAACCAUAGUUGCUGAAUGCCCCACGUGCCGCACGCGCCUGAGCGCCAGGAGCGAAAACGGAACCUCCCACCUGAGACGACACAGAUGCCUGCCCGAGGUUCAGGCUCCUCCUCCAGAACCUCCUGCCGCUGCCGCUAUUGCCUCUCCUAUGCUCCCAGUCGCUGCCGCUGCCGCCGCAGAUGAAGAUGACAAGGUUUUCUCGGGCCUCGAGGACAUUGUUCCCCCCAGGGUACCUUUGACACGGCACCCGCGCGCAGCUACCGCCAAAGCCCGGCAGGGCCGUAAUUUAUCCAUCAAGUAA